ACGCAUCAAGGCGGUCACAAUUCGCCAUGUACAAGGUAUGCUGUAUCGGAUUGUCAUUGGCCGCGAGGAUCAUCGGCACAUAUACCAUGUCGCUCUCGAUACUCAUGAUAAACGUGCUAACGAGCAACUAUUUCUCAAGAGUAACGGACAACGUAUUCUUCGAUUCCGUUGAAAAUUGGGCUCUCCUUGGUUUGAAUUGGAUGCAGGUCUUAAGAAAUUCGCAAAUAGAAAGGAAAGCGGAAGCGGCCGUGGUGUUUCUCCUCUUGUACGCACUUUCAUUCUUAUUGGCCAGCGCGUAUCUUGCCUUGGGAUCUAUCUCCAGAAGGACCAAGUGUGCCGUGCCUUGGAUGUAUUUGCAAAUGUUUAACAUAAUAGAUCAGGCUGUAGCACUGUCUAUUCAUCUGACGCACGAGCCUCAAUACGAUGUUUACGAUAAAUCAAUAUGGUACAUUCCAGUGUCCAGCAUCUAUCUAUUGGUAUGCGCGUAUAUUUGGAUGGUGGUGCAAGGCGCUCGAAAGGAAUGGUCCGACGAAGAACAGAAUCGCCAUGAUUUCGCCACGAGGGAAGCCACGUUCGCGGCACAAUCGAACAAUGAUAACGGCCCGAAGACGCCGUCUUUUCUUUCGCAAAACUUGUCGAUGUUCGAAUCGCCAAGGCCAUCCACGAUUCUACCCAAGUAGUUAAACGAAACUCGCAAAUUUGAAGAGACUCGUUUGUGCUUCGCGUCGGUACCUGUUUUUUUUUUUUUCGCACGGUGCGAAGGAGGCCAAUAAUCAACGAGCGAAUCGUAACUAAUUAUCUAGAUAAACUACGAACGCAUGA